AGGAAGUACUCGAGGAAAAGAAAGUUUUGGGUUCAUCUAUUAUCUUUUUGAACUGGAAGAUUUUUCCUCUAUUUCAUCAUAUUAAACAUUUCUCUUGUUUCAGGCUGAAUUUAAUAAAGUAAAAAAUUUACAAGAAUACACGGCAUCUAGCAGAUCAAACUAAGACGCUUAAAACUGAUAACAACACUGUAAACAUCUACUAAAUCAUUAGAAUCUGAGUAGAGAACAUCAAGAGUUUUUAUCGUGCGAGGUGGUUGUAAGAUACAGGAAGGGUGGAGAGAUCAAGAAGAGAGGUGGAGUGCUCCGACAGAGUUGUGGAGAACUCCGAGACCUGUUGCUACUGCCAUACGGCCACCGGGAUGACGGAGUACAAACUCGUCGUUGUCGGAGCUGGAGGUGUGGGGAAAUCAGCACUAACCAUUCAGCUGAUUCAGAACCAUUUCGUUCCUGAAUACGAUCCAACUAUAGAGGACAGCUACAGAAAACAAGUUGUUAUAGACGGAGAGACAUGCUUGCUCGAUAUCCUGGAUACAGCAGGACAAGAGGAGUACAGUGCAAUGCGGGACCAAUAUAUGCGUACAGGAGAAGGAUUUCUUAUUGUGUUUGCUGUUAACAAUGCUACGUCGUUUGAAGAGAUAAAUGCGUACAGGGAGCAGAUUAAGAGAGUAAAGGAUGCUGAAGAGGUUCCAAUGGUUCUAGUUGGGAACAAGUGUGAUCUUCCAACCAGGAGCCUUGACAUGCAGCAGGCUAGGGAUGUUGCAAGAAACUAUGGAGUUCCUCUGGUAGAAACCUCUGCUAAGACGAGGAUGGGUGUAGACGAUGCAUUCUACAGUCUGGUUCGUGAGAUCAGGAAGGAUAGAGAGAAGGGCAAAAAAGUUACAAGAAAGAAAAAGAAAUGUUGCAUACAGUAAACCAAAGAAAGAGAGAUCCGUGAAGAGCAAGAAGCCUCCUCGUCCUGAGUGCUGUUCAAAGUGUAUAAUUCUCUAAUCUUAGUGGAUUAAACCUCACCCAAGGAGUACUAAACUUUUAAACCUGACGAUAAACCUGCUGAAACGGAUUACUAAACCUAAUCACCGGAAGUACUAAACCUUUGGCCCUUAUCUUAUCUUCUCAAAUAAGAAUUAAUCCUUCCAAUUUGGACUCAUGAACUUGACCUAACUAUAAUCUAAAAUCUACUCUGGCCUUGAUAGUACAUAGGCUUUCUAACCUAGAGUACUAAACCUACGAAACCAACUUUGCAAGGAACCCAAACCCUCUGUUCUAGGCAUGCUAAACUUCAUUAUAAAAAUGCGCUAAAUCCCGCAAUUUGUUACUAUUCAAAGAGACUGUUAACACAAUUUCUAGUGACCCUCUUUAAAAAGAGUUUUCAUGUCCGAUUCACAACGGUACCCAUUACUAGUUAUUACUCUGGUUACAUGGGCAGUGUCGUCAGUUGGAGAUGUUGCUCUUUAACUGAAAGGUCAUUUGAAAUUGCAGAAAGUGGCUAGUUUUACGAGUUUUACGUUGAUGAAUCGUUUACUUUGUUGUUAUUGUUUCAACUACUGGAGAAAUAUUGCCUUUUUUCAAAAUAUUGAAAGAAAAUAAUGGUUCUAACAUUAAAAUUUGACUGAAUCACUAUUUUAAAACAUAUUUAGAUACUGUUUAUUCUUACCGGGUCGUUAAAAUGUAUUGUUAGAUUAGUUAUAAAUGAUCACGGUUGUUUUUAAGCUGACCAUCAUUUUCUUUAAUUUAAAAACGGUGUUCACUUUGACGGUAGUACAGGAGUUUUAACUGUUAACGUCAUUAGAAUUUAAAAAAAACCUUUUUAGCGCACACCUGACUCAAGGAUAGAUUUAUUCUUCCUUGAAAUUACUAUUAAUAGUAAAAAUUGAACAACGUCAACAAUUGUUUUUGUUUAAUUAAUAAUUAACACGCACGUACAUUGUACACUAUACUGUACAGUGUACAUAUCCGAGAAUAGUUAACGAUACUAAAACCAAUUUAACUGGUGUACUGGGUUUCAAAUCUAAAUCAUUUCUCUUGUAGCUUAUUCUGGUCUGAAAUUUAAUUUUUUUGCAGAACUAUCCUAUCCUUUGUUUAACCAAUUAAAAAUCAAAAUAUUUAUUUUACUUACUCUGGCUUCCAAGUGACACGCUGUUCUCUCUUUCUAUAUUUUUUUGGAUUUACAAUUGUAAGAUUAUUUUGAAAAUGUGUGCACAAAAACAACCUCUUAGUUCUUUGUAACCAUAUUAUUCAACAUAACGUAUGACAAAUUUUUCAACUUUAUUUUUCUAAUUUAACCUUUUUUAUACAAUUUACAGAAUAUAUUUACGCGAAUUCCAAUCGUAACUAUCUCCCAAUAAUCUUUUUACUAACAGUUUGUAAACUGAGUUGUCAAAUUAAAUUAUUAAAAUCUAUUUUCAAUGGAAGGGAUCAACUUUUUACAAGAAGGGAGUGACGAUUAUUUCUCGCUUGAAAAAGAUUCCUGUUGUGAUUUUCUGCUGUUACAGUUUCAGCUGUAAAUAUGAUUUAUCUUGGUUAUUCUUACACCUUCUUGUAAAUUGCUGACAUCUUGUAACAAAUUCAGGAGUAUCUCGAGUAUUCUUUUUUAAAGCUCAAAUUUCUACUCCAUAGAUAGUAGAAGACAUAGAUUAUACUGUAGCUAACUUAUUUACAGCAUUAGUACAUGACUUUUUUAGUAUUAGAUGUUCUGUAGGGAAAUUUUGUAGAUUCAAAUCGGUUGCAAAAAUUUUGCCAACAAUUUUGCCAAAUAUUUUACAAAUUUUCCCAAUUUUUGUCUGUAAAAUUGUAAUUUCUGAUUAUGUACUUGAUUGCUAAUGUUCAUAUUUACAACAAAUUGUCAAAUUA